CUAGUUAGAGAUUAAUCUUUCAGAACCUUAAAAUAUCCAACACUUUCCAACAAUCGCUGAUCACUGUCUAUGAAUCAUAAAAUUGUGAACCAUCAUUAGUCUUCUUCAAAAGGUGAAUUAUCGUAGGGAAUUAUUUUAAGAAAUACGAGUAAUAUUGGUUUUUUAUUGUCAGAAUUGAUUUGAAGAUUCUUCAACAUGAGGUCUAGAGUAAUAAGCUUAAUGGACACGCUUAACUCUGUCUCUUGUAGAUGUCCAGCUCACUCUAAUCUAGGAAAUCUACCAACAAGGCUCAGUUCAACUGUAGAUCAAAAAGAGUAUGCUUUUGAAAUGGCAUGUUCCACUAUUAGGUAUGGACCAGGUGUCACCAGAGAAUUGGGUAUGGAUAUGGUUAAUAUGCAAGCCAAACAGGUAUGUGUCAUGACGGACUCAAAUCUAGUCAACUUAUCGCCAGUAAAAGCAGUGCUUGACUCUCUUACCAAAAGUGGUAUAAAAUAUGACCUCUAUGAUAAAAUUAGAGUAGAACCUAAUGAGAAAAGUCUUGAGGCCGCUACUGACUUUGUACGUAACUUGCAAUUUGAUGCAUUCAUAGCUGUUGGUGGUGGUUCUGUCAUGGACACUUGUAAGGCAGCCAAUUUAUACUAUUCUGAUCCAGAAGCAGAAUUGUUGGAUUAUGUUAAUCCACCAAUUGGUAAAGGAAAACCAGUUACUGUACCAUUAAAACCACUGAUCGCUGUACCGACUACCACUGGAACAGGAAGUGAAACAACUGGUGUCUGCAUAUUUGAUUAUGAAAAGUUGAAAGCUAAAACUGGUAUUGCCAAUCGAGCUUUAAGACCAACGUUAGGAAUUGUUGAUCCUUUGCAUGCAUUAACUCAACCAGAAAGAGUUUGUGCUUUCAGUGGUUUUGAUGUAUUUGGUCAUGCAUUAGAAUCGUUCACAGCUGUACCAUACAACGAGAGGUCACCACGCCCAACUAAUCCAAUUUUAAGACCUGCUUAUCAGGGACGUAAUCCCAUCUCAGAUGUUUGGGCUCGAUACGCAUUGGAUGUUAUAAAAAAGUACUUCAAGAGGGCAGUAUAUGACCCCGAAGACUUUGAAGCGCGAUCCAGCAUGCAUUUAGCCUCUACUAUGGCUGGUGUAGGUUUUGGUAAUGCAGGUGUUCAUUUAUGCCAUGCUCUGUCUUAUCCAAUUUCGGGAAAUGUGAAAAAAUAUCAAGCCGUUGACUACAUUGCUGAUCAUCCUAUUAUUCCUCAUGGGUUAAGUGUUAUUAUGUCAGGGCCUGCUGUGUUUGAGUUUACAUCAUCAGCUAGUCCAGAACGUCACAUUGAAGGAGCCAAAUUAUUGGGAGCUGAUGUCAGUAGGAUCAAAAAUGCUGAUGCUGGAAAGGUAUUAGCUGAUGUCAUACGUGGAUAUAUGCAAGACAUGAAAAUUGAUAAUGGUUUGUCAGCACUUGGAUAUACUAAGGACGAUAUUCCAGGGUUAGUGAAAGGUACAUUACCACAGCACAGAAUAACAAAACUUGCUCCGCGAGAACAAUCAGAAGAGGAUUUAAGUCUGUUAUUUGAAAAAUCAUUGACUGUUUUUUAAAAAGUACAAAUAUAUGAUUUAUUUUAAUUAUUGUUGAA